UUCAAACAUCUACCACCACCAUGUCACGGUCGCCGUCGCCCAUGAAUACGCCUUCGCCGGCGUAUAGCGAGUCGUCCGAGUCCGAAGCCGCCGAGGAGGAGGAGGAGAAAGGGGAAGAGGACACAGCGACGUGUCUGUGGGGCGAGUGUGGGAAGGUGUUUACGCACUUGCCGUCGCUGAUUGAGCAUAUCCAUGUGGACCAUGUAGGGGUGAACAAGAGCAACUACUUUUGCGACUGGUCUACGUGCAAUAGGCGGGGAAUCCCCCAGACGUCGCGGUUCGCGCUGACGAGCCACUUGAGGUCACAUACGAAGGAAAAACCGUUCGUGUGUCCCCUCCCGGAGUGUGAUAAGAGUUUUACCCGGUCUGACGCGCUGGCGAAGCACCUGCGGCACCAGCACAAGCAGAGCCCGCCUGCUCCCGGUCGGGGCGGGUCGAGGAAGAGGAAGCGGAACCCGGAUGAUAUCGAGGUGGCCCCGAGUGUGUCUACGCGCUCGCAGACUCCGACUUUGGGGACGUUUAGUUUGUUUGAUUUGGCGCCUACUAUGGAGAGCGGGUCGCCGAGUCCGUUUCCGAGGGGGAACGAGGAUGAUGAGGGGUAUAAUAGUUCUGGGUCGAGUUCGGAUGUGAUUCCGCCGCAUUUGUUGGUGCAUAUGGAUCCUGGGACGAGUCGGAUAUUUGGGAGGAGUCAGAGUCAGGUGUUGUAUUUGUUGAUGAAGGCGAAGCAUCGGUAUGCGGUGGAGCAGAAUGAGGCGUUGCAGGAGGAGUUGAGGGUUACGAGGGCCGAGAUGAGGAGGGAGAGGGAGGAGAAGGAGAGGGCGGUUAAUCAUGUUUUGAGAGGUCUCUUUGGGAGCAAGGCGGAUGGUUUUUUGGAGGAUGUUUUGUAGGGUUUGACUAAAAUGGAAAGAUAAGAUUAGAUCGAAUUCGUCAUGGCAUACGCA